AUGGUGGUCGGCUUGCUCGCCGGCCCGGGCAGCAAGCCCGCCGGCCCGGGCAGCAAGCCCGCCGGCCCGGGCAGCAAGCCCGCCGGCCCGGGCAGCAAGCCCGCCGGCCCGGGCAGCAAGCCCGCCGGCCCGGGCAGCAAGCCCGCCGGCCCGGGCAGCAAGCCCGCCGGCCCGGGCAUCAAGCCCGCCGGCCCGGGCAUCAAGCCCGCCGGCCCGGGCAUCAAGCCCGCCGGCCCGGGCAUCAAGCCCGCCGGCCCGGGCAUCAAGCCCGCCGGCCCGGGCAUCAAGCCCGCCGGCCCGGGCAUCAAGCCCGCCGGCCCGGGCAUCAAGCCCGCCGGCCCGGACAUCCAGUCAGCAGCAGUGGCAGCAGUCCUCCCGGCCACCGUGGUGCCCGAUCACCCCGGCGAAACUACCCCCCUCCCACCCACUCCUGGCACUCCUCCUCCUGAACCCGAGCUCCAAGUCGCCACAAAACCCGACCUCCAAGCCACCGCGGACACAGACGUCCUCCUUCGUCGCCGCGAAUAUCUCAUCCGCAAGGCCGACUACGACGCUGCGGCCGAGAACUAUGCGCAGGCCGUUGCAGGCCGUGAUGCCCACCUUGGGAUCGUUACCAAGGACAACGAAAACAUGGCAACCUACACCCCCACGCUUAUUGCCUGGUCCGCCGUUGACAACCGCGCCUGCACCGUUCUCCUUGGAGCCCUCCCUGACACCCUGAUGCGUCGCUUCCAGGCUCGAGAGCUCCGCGCCUCCGUGAUCUGGGCGGAACUGCACGCGAUGUUUGAGCGCCGCGACAUCAGCUCCGUCGGCAUCCCUUUCCAGGAAUACUUCUGUGUCAUGCUCGCCACCUACGAUGGUGCAGUCGACUAUGUGGAGCAGAUGAGGGAGGUAGCUGAUCGUCUCGACGCUCGCCAGGCCGGCCUCUCCGAACCUCUCAAGAUUCAUCGCCUGCUCUUCAAUCUCACCCCCGACUAUGAAUCCCGCCUUCAUGCCUUCACCGAAGCCAACCCUAUGGCUGACCUCGGAUCUGUCGAACAGUGGAUCAUUGAGACCGAAGUCAAACUCCGCACCUCCAUCGUCAAUCUCGCCACCCCGCAGCCCUCCUCCUCCUCCCUCAACGCCACACAGUCACGCAAGCAGGGCAACUGCAACGGCAAAGGGGGAGGUGGAAGCAAGAGUGGUGGAGGGCGUGGUGAGGGAAGCGGUGGCGGUAGCAGUUGA